AACAAUGGCCAAAGUUCAUCCUCAAGAACAAGAAUCCACAACAUCAUCUCAGUCUCAUGAUGAUCAGUGUCUUGAUAAAAGAGAGAGAUAUACUUUAUGGAUGAAAUCACUCGUUCUUCACUCUAAUGGUUGCACUGUCUAUGAUUCAAACGGUAGCAUAGUUUAUAGAGUUGAUAACUAUGAUAGAAAGGGUGGAAGAGAAGUGAAUCUCAUGAAUCUAAAAGGAAAUGUCCUAUGCACCAUCAAAAAGAGAUUACUAGCUUUUGGAUGUUGGGAAGGACACAAAUAUCACAGCAGCAAUUCCGAUUCUAGAAGUCAGGAGGAGCAACCAUGGUUUCAAGUUAAAAGAUGUCUUACAGGAAAAAUAGCUUGCCACAUCAAAGUCGGGUCACAAAAUUUGUGCAUAGAAAGAAUGAGUAUUGGAAAAUCAUUUGGUUUUCGGAUAGUAAACAAAGACGGACAAAUCAUAGCAGAGGCAAAGCGAAAACAAUCUUCCUCAGGAGUUGUUCUGAGUAAUGAUGUUCUAUCAUUGGAUUUGGCAGCCGGAACAGAUCAUUCUCUUGUACUGGCUUUGAUUACUGUCUAUGGAUUGAUAUGUGGAAAAAUGUAGAUAUUAGCUUUAUAUAUGAGAUAUCUUGUACACUUUCUCCUAAAUUUACUAAUGUGUUGUUUUUUGAUAGAUUUUUUACAUAGUGUAAAUUUUUUGAAGUUUUAUAAUUAGUUUUAUGCUCAAUUUUGCAUGAAAAGAUCAUGAGCAUCAUCAAAAAAAAAUUCUGUCAUGCUUUCCACUAUGUGCUAAUCUCAACCACUCGGUUGCGCUAUCGAAUAAAGCGAAGACUUUUUAAAUGG